CUAUAUAUGUCAUGGUCAUUAAUCGAGCUUUGGUAACCUUCUUAUUUCCCUUCAAAUAUGUACAGUACUGCAGUAUUAGAUCAGAGCAAGAAUUUCUAAAUCUCAAAGAUACGAAGCAUUAGAUAAUUUAAAAAAAGAAUCCAAUAAAUUCAUUCUUUACGUUUACAUAUGGAAGUUGAGAUAUUAUUAUCGAAAUUGAUACCAUUGUACGAUUUUAUUACACAUUGACUGUCAAAUCUGGUGGAAACAUUUUCGCGUUGCGAUUAAAUUGACGACAUAUUUUUUAUCUCAACCUUCGAGUAUAAAUCCAAAGAAAAUGGCUGGAAUUUGCCGAUUAGGCACUUUGCAUACUCUAAAAAAUGGUAUGAAUUUGUUAAGAUUGCAAAAAAUAACAUGUCGUGCGAUAACUACAUCACCAAAAAAGGACGAUAGUACUAAUAUAAUUGAAUCACCUGAAAAGAAGAAACCUUGGGUUAACUAUGGUUUUGAUGAAACAAAUGAGUUAGAUGAUCGACGUAAAAUGCACGAAUUAUUUUUCAUGGGCAUUACAAUUGGUAUGAUAUUGACUGGAUAUGUACUGAUGUAUAAACCUGAUUUGCGAACAAUGGCUACUUGGGCACAACGUGAAGCAUAUUUACAACUUCGGUACAGAGAAGAACAUGGCCUUCCACCCAUCGAUAUGAAUUUAAUAGAUCCUGCUAAAAUUGUUCUUCCUACCGAUGAAGAACUAGGUGAUACAGAAAUAAUUAUUUAAAAAUAUAUAGUGCUACUCUGUGUAAUAUCUAUUAAUGUAGUUAUAUCAAAUAAUGAAUAUCAACAAACUACAGUUUUUGUUCUAUUCAAUGAUAUUUGUAAUAGGCUAUGUAAAAACAUAUAAUAAAAAUUGUUUUUAUAAGUUA